GUACAGACACUAUACACCUUCGACAACCUUGAACAAGUACGGCAACAUUGCAGUUCGGUACACUGACAUGAUGGCUAUUGGACAUGAUGGCUAUUGUCCUCCACGCCGAGAACGACAAUUUGGACAAUAUAACGGUUGUGCCGAAAUUGCGAGCCGAGUUGACAAAUUUGAACGUUGAAGAGGGUGAAUUUGUGAGGUGCUCAGGGGAGUGUAUCGGCGUGGAGGGCGACACCAACGCGGUUUAUUCUUGGAUGGAACGAGAGCCAGCACGUCUCCGAAAACUGUGCAGCUCGUUCAUCAGGGAGGACGAUGGCGUGAUGUUGUUGGGCAGGGCGCAUGCGGGACUGAUUUGGGAACUCGCUCGCGUCGGACACCACGUGUUUGCGUGUGACGACACGACAAAAGAGCUCACAUACCUUUCCAAGUUUUUGGAGUUUUAUGUGAAGGAUCCGAGGAACAAAUGCAGGCUCGAAAAGCCCCAAGUCGAGCACCGCAAGGACCGGGACAUUUACUAUAAGCUCGGCAGGAAGAGGGAGAACGUGUGGGCUUACUUGUUCGGUGACGCUCCACGGACGGCGGUUGAUAACGACUACGUCAUCAGGAAAAGUGAACUCGAGAUAAAAAUGAACGAGUACCACGGAUCGCACAUGGGUGCUUUCCACAUUUUCGUAGCGGGGAACUUCAACAACAUCGAUUGUGACGAAGACACGUCAGACUCCGACCUGGACGUUCCGUCGCACGCGACACGACGUUCGGCGCAGGGAGCACGUGUCGAGGAACCGCAAGGGAGCACCAACGCAGAAGCGGAGAAGGCGAGGUCGAGUUUGGAAGCGACACAUGCUAGUGAUGGAGACGUGGAACAUAGAAUGAAUGCAAGGGGAGAAAAGAAUGGUGUACCAACGAACCCGGUGGGUGCGAGUGAGGGAAUUGUUAACUCACGGGGCAACACAGGGGGAGGAGAGAAUGGGUGUGAAAUGACCCCGCCGACAGCUGGACCAUCAUCGACACAUGCACCGCAGGCCGAGCAGCGAACGCUCACGUCGAUGGACACACAUGAAGAUGAAGACAUGGAUAUGAUAGCAGUCAUGCCGAAGCUCGUGCCAGGAAAACCGUUACCUCAAGGCUUURCUCAAGACCCUUCAGUGCCAUACUUGCUACAAGACAAGUACAAGGAGUCAUUGGAGGAGUACUGGGGUCAUCAUAUUCUCUGGCAUGAGGGCGUGUUCGAACCGUGCGUGUUUGCGGGCAAGUGGCAAAUGGUUGUGAAGACAAGAGACCGCGGGUGGGUCGCGAAGGAAAGAAAGGAUGCUGCGAUAUGGCACAGAGUGACGGAGACGCAACUUUUUCGGCGGGUUGCACAAGAAAAUGUCGGUGCAACCGACGUGGCUGUAGCGGCAAAGGCGAAAGCUUUGUUUGAGCAACUGCGUGCGAACAAACAACUAGAAUUCAGCACAAAGUUCUACGACCUUGCAUCAAGUGUGUCGUACGGCUCCAUCGAUUGGAAAAUCAAACAAGCGUCAGCAGUGCAAGGAAUCCAUAGCAUCACCUCUCUAAAGACUCAAGACGUCAUCGCGUCUAACACCAUCGUUGCGAUGGCCAGAGGGGAUGCAGGCAGCGAAACGGACACACGUGCGAACGCAGGUCACAUACAGAAUGAACAGUUGCGAGCAUGUAUUCAACAAAGCACACAUAGAAGCGCAAUGGGGGAUUCCACUAUGAUACGCAAGGACGGCGACAACAUGGAGUCGGGCACAUUGACAGAGCCGCCAACGUGCGGGGUCGACGAUGGGGCAACAAUCGUUGGAUCUUUCGGGUCUCUUGUCGCGACAGUGGCGGCGAGGCAAGGCGUAUCUGAAAUGAUGGAGACCGAUGCGGGCCAGGAUGUUGAAAGCCAGACCGUGAAGGUGGCGCCAGAGCAGGUGGCGGCAACAAUAGAGAAGACGAAGAAAGGUGAGGGAUCUCGCGAACACAUUUUUGUAAUAGAUAUGAGAUCGGAGAGUACGGGCGAGGAUAUGAUCCAAGAUAACGACCAAAAAGAUGACCACGCUGCACCACGAGUGGAAGGUGACGACGAAGAGGACGCGCAACGACCGAGACGGUCAACGAGAGCAGUAAUUAAGAAAACUGUGUUUGAUGCGUAGGAAAGCCUUAGACAGGCAUGGGCGUUUAAACGUUUCAGGUUAUAUUGAUGUGUCGCCACAAAUCAUGGUGCGAUAUUCACCGGUCCUCACAUGGGGUGUCUACGCAUUUCUUGUUAAAUUGAUAGGUUGCCGCUGGGUACUAUGUUAGACAGGAAUGGGUGUAAACGCGUUUUUGGUUAUAUUGUUGUCUUAAUGAAAGUGUUAUUGUGAC